CGUGGGUCAAAUUUGCCGACAAGAGCCCGAACGUGCCAUGUGGCGAACAUUGGACACAUGUAAUCCGUCAGCGCUCUCCCACACGAUGUGGCGAAUGGUCAUGUGACCAACGUUGUAAGGCAUUCGCCACAUCGUGUGGGACCGGUUUAUACUCUGUGGUUUGACAUUGACGAAAUAGACGUGUGUUUUAUCAAGUUGUCAAAAAAAAAUAAUCCCAAAAAGAAAAUCAGCAAGUGAACAGUUUAAAAUGGCAGAUAUUCUAUCAGAAACUGUUUUACCCGAAGAUUUAAAGAAAUUCGAGAAAAUCUAUCAUGAACAGCUCUACAAGAACGAUGUCACUCCAAAAGCACAAUUCGAAUACGCUUGGUGCCUAGUACGAAGCAAAUAUCCAGCCGACAUACAGAAGGGAAUCAUAUUAUUGGAGGAAUUGUACAAAACACACGAAGAAGGGCAAAGGGACUAUUUAUAUUACUUAGCUAUUGGAAGUGCAAGGCUGAAAGAAUAUUCCAAAGCUAUGAACUAUGUUCGAUCUUUCCUAACUAUUGAACCAGGUAAUCAACAAGUGCUGAGUCUCCAACAAACCAUCAAGAAGAAGAUGGAAAAGGAAGGCUUAGUAGGAAUGGCAAUGGCAGGGGGUGUGGUCCUAGCUGUAGGAGCUAUUGUGGGAGUGGGGAUGGCUAUUGCCAAUAAGGCUAAGUGACAGUUCUUCCCUUUAGACACAGACGAUACCUUUUAGAGAUUUCAGCCACUGAAUAAUAAUUUAUAAAAGCAAAAUUUUGUGUGUAUAAGUUUUAUAUAAAAGUCAUUACAACAGAGCAUUUAUUCAUUUAUCUUGGUUGCAUUCUAUUUUUUUUAUCUACUGCAUUGUGACAGUCACUAAGACUAAUCCUGGUAGCAGACUGGAGAGACAAAUUUCAUAAAAACUGUAGCAUUGUUGUACAACACUCGAUAUUACAUAAUUCAAAUACUUAAUAAAGUGUGACGGGCAGUUUCACGUUAAUGUCAUAUACUUUAUAAAAUUUAUUCUGAUGUUGACUCUCUAAAUAUUGGCUGCUGCUGCACCACCUCAGGGGUUGCUAUGGCAACCUAACCAUCAAUAACGUAAUUAAUUCAUCAAUUAUGAUUCACUUAAUGAUCAGAUUUUCAUUAGGUGCCCAAGAUCAGAUUUUGUCUUCCAGUUCAGAUAAGACAUAAAAGCUUUCUUCUGUCACAGGUUUUAUGAAACCUGUUUCUCCAAUGUGUUGCCAGCCUAUUUUCCAAAGUAUCUGUGAUUUUCUCCUUAUGUGGUUUGUUGGAUCAUGAUUAUUAUUUAAAAAGUAGGUUAUCUUACUGAGGUUAUUUAGAUUAUUAAAAACUUGAUGUGUCAAUUGUAGUACACUGAAUGGUUCUCAGAAAGUAUAAGUUUUAUAAUAAUUUGUUGAGUAAGAAAAAAAAAGUUGACAGUGCUUAAGGGCUGUACAGUUAAACAACAAAACUGAAUAUUGAACUUUCAUCUCUUUUAGUGUUUAAUAUCGAAGUGUCGGUAAUUCAGUAUCAGAACUGUUCAGGUAACAGUAAAAUAUGAGGAGGUUUCAGUGAAACCAAGUAAUAAAUGGCAACACACAAGCAUUGUAUGAACGUUCAAAGCUAACUGAUUUGUUUGAUCUUCAUUUAAAUAACCUUCAUAGCCCCAGAAAUAUUUUAAGGCUGAACAUAAUUAUGAAGACAGAUCUAUGGGCACUGAAUCAUCAAACUACCACUAAAUAUAACAUCUGAUGUGUUGGCAAAUUCUUAACAGUCACUGUGAAUGAGAUAAACUUUUUAACAUUGUUCGAACUAUUUUUAUUAUUCUGAAUCAAGACCACUUAAAGAGCAGCCUAAUUUUCAUGUGAACAUUUGGCCAAUGCUUGUGUGCCUAUGAUUUGUAGAUAUUGCAAAAAAUAUCAUUGUCAUUGUGGUUGUAUGUACUGUUUGUCAUGUCUUGUCAGGGUGGUCAUGGGGCUUUUGGCCCUUAUUCAUUCAGUUGUUUUGAUUUAUUCCAGUCGUUUAUUAUCAUUCACAUCUGAAUAUAAUAAUAAUAAUAAUAAUAACGUUUAUUUGCAGAGCAAAAAAAAAUAGAAAGAAAAAAAUUAAAAAUGUAGGAACAACAUGAAGUUGCAGUUAUAAAGUUGUAUGGAAUUUCAUGUUAAUUUAAACUUAAAUUUCAUCACUCAACAUCAGGAAUAUUCACUUCUAAGACUGAAGUUAUUUCAAAUUGUUAAUUUCCGAUUUUAUUCAUUUAUAUUCACUAUAACCACACAUUUUUAUUCCCUACCCAAAGAAGUACUUGAAUGUAUAUGAUGUAAUUAUUACUGAUUUAGGCUGUUAUUAUUUAUUUAAUAGUUAAUAAACAUUAUGCAAAAAUGGUUGUUUUUUGUGAUUUGGUAGUUUUGACCAACUAAGUAGUUGAAAUCAAUAGUUGUAUGUAUGGAAGUAGUCUAAUCAUAUUAGCAAAUUUUCUCGAAAUAAUUGUAAAGCUGGUUUUAUUGGUGCAAGUUGUUCAUCGACGCUUAAAAUGGGUACACCAAUUUUUGUGGGAAAACUUUUUAUUUGACAACAAAGAAUGAGAAAACAGGUUUUUGGGAUUCAAUCGAAAGUGUUGACAGGAACGAAAAAACUCGCCAAGUGCUAAAACCUGCAGUUUGCCUCGAUUUUCGGCCAUAACUUUUUUGCUCUUAGUCGGAUCUUUUUACGUGUGAUCUCAUUUUGUAUCUCUCAUAAAUACCUAAAAACACUUUCGAUUGAAACCCAAAAAACACGUUUUGUCAUUAUUUGUUGUCGAAUAAUAUUUUUUCUCGUAAAAAUUGGUGUACCCAUUUUAUGCGUGCAUGUUUUGAAUACCUCCUUGACCAACUUGUAGCAAUAAAACCAGACUUUACAAUUAUUUCGCAAACCAGGGGUAUUUUCGUCUAAUAUGAUUAGACUAAAGAGGCUACUACUCAUGAGCAAGACAUUUUUUUAUAUCCAAGAAACGAGUGGAUUAGGUGUUACUACAUUUAAAUGUACAUUGUUGAAAUAAUGAAAAAGUCAUAGGUGAAAUAAAAAAAAUGUACCGUUGACAGCAUAUUUAAAAACCGUUUUUAUAUUGAUGUAGUGCCUAUUUUAUAGAGAAAACAAAGUCGCUGUUUCCGUACAGUUAUAAGAUCCUGACAGUAAGUCUCUCAUACAGGUCUUGUGAGAAAUGGUCUUUGAAAAUAUUAUAUUUUGUCCAAAUGUUUGAUCCUAUUAAAGAC